AUGUCUGUAACACAACAACGUCUUCCUACCCGUCAAAACGUAAGCAAGGUGUUGAAGCACUUUGAAGCCAAGGAAGGUCUCAUCUACCUCAGUGGCCAAGUUGUUGCUGAAAGAGAUGAUACUGAUGUCGAACAACCUUUCCGUCAAGAAUCCAACUUUUUCUACGUUACUGGCUGUGAACAGCCUGAUUUCCAUGUCACCAUCGACCUUGCUACCAAGGAAAUCCACUUGUACUCACCUAACCUUGAUCCUGAACAUGUCAUGUGGAUGGGCUUGCCUGAUUCAUUGGAAACGUUGGUCUCCAAAUACGAUGUCGAUGAUGUUUACUACAUUGAUACUUUGAACCAACGUUUAGCUCAAGCUUCCACUGUCUAUACUUUGCCCAUCACCAAGACCAACAAGAUUGAUACCGCCAGCAUCAAGUUGUGUAAUGCUGAACAAAGCAAGCAAUUGCACACUGCUUUUGCAAAGGCUCGUUCUAUCAAGGCUGAUUGGGAAGUUGAGAUUAUUCGCAAGGCCAAUGAGAUCUCUUCUAUUGCUCAUACCAAGUUGAUGAAGGCCGCCAAGGUCGGUCUCUCUGAAUCUCAAUUGCAUGCUUUGUUCUUGUACGAGUCCUACAGCCGUGGUGCCUUCUUCCAAGCCUACUACCCUAUUGUUGGUGUCGGAAUGAACGCUGCCACCCUCCAUUACAGCAAGAACAAUGCUCCUUUGCGCAAUGAAACUGAUUUGGUUCUCGUCGAUGCUGGCUGUGAAGUUGACUGCUAUGCUUCUGAUAUCACUAGAUGUUUCCCUGUGGGUGGCAAGUUUACCCCUGAGGCUCGCGUCAUUUACACCAUUGUUCUCGAUAUGCAAAAGGCUUGUCUUGAUGCCUGUAAAGCUGGUGUUGCUUGGGAAGAGAUUCACAACAUUGCUACCCGCGUUGCAUGCGAUGGUCUCUUAGCAUGCGGUAUUCUUGUUGGUGAAAAAGAAGAAAUCUUGGCUAACCAUGUUGUUGCCGCCUUCUUCCCUCACGGCAUCGGCCAUAUGCUUGGUCUUGAUGUGCAUGAUCUUGGCGGUUACAUGGAAGGUGUAGAGCGCAUUGAUGCUCCCGGUAUCCGCAACUUGCGUAUGCGUCGUGACCUUGAAGAAGGUUUUGUCGUUACAGUUGAACCUGGUGUUUAUUUCUGUGAUUUCUUGAUUGAUCCCGUUUUGAAUGAUGCCAAGACUGGCAAGUACAUUAACAAGGAUGUCAUGAACAAAUACAAGUCUGUUGGUGGUGUUCGUAUUGAAGACAACAUUCUCAUCACUAAGGAUGGCCAUGUCAAUUUGACCACUGUUCCCAAGGAAAUUGAUGAAAUUGAAGCCUUGAUCGCUGCCAACUAA